AUGUCCAGCUGGUUGAUCCGAUGUUUACCCAGCAUCAAGCCCACACAGUAUGGCCAUGCCUAUGAGUCCAUCACGAGGUCAGCGCGAAUCGCCCAAACACAGGGUCUCUCGACUUGUCCAGUCUUGCUGAUCUCUUCGAUGGAUGUCGACGCCUUGUGUGGAUGUAAGAUGCUUCAGUGCCUGCUCAAGCAAGACUCGAUCAAGUACCGCGUCAUCCCGGUCUCAGGCUGGAAAGAACUCUCGAAGGUGGCCGAUCAGAUCAGGGACCCGAAUAGCGGCUACAAGGAAGUCCUACUCCUCAACCUCGGUGGGCAAGUCAAUCUAUGGGAAUUCUUCAACCUUCCCAGUCGUGUUCGAUUGCACGUCAUCGACAGUCAUCGACCCUAUGCCCUCGAGAACGUAUUCCAGUCGGGGAUAGAUUCUUUGAACGAAGACGAAGACCCGGAAGAGGCCCCGGAAAUCGUGGUCUGGGACGAUGGUCACGUCAAUGAAGACUUGCAAGAAGAGAAAAACGCGUUCGAAGCCAUCAGAUACAUGCCUGAAAGUGAUAGUGAUAAUUCAGAUGAAGACUCUAACGGUAGCAUCAAAUCAAAUGGAGAGAGAUCACAGAAGCGGAAAAAGAAAAGCGCCAAAUCACGCAAGCAGCAAGCUGGCCUCACCAGACGAGAACGACAUAGAUUCCGAGCACGUCUCCAAAAAUAUGAUGACUCUGGCACCUCCUUCGGCCAAUCUGUAGCAUCACAGAUCUACUUAUUAGUGACUUUAAAAAAUGCUGAGGAUAACGAACUAUUGUGGUUAGCUAUCAUUGGACUCACCUACCAAUUCACGUCUUCCUUGAUUGAUCGUGAAACCUACGAUGCUCAAGUCACACUCUUCCGACGAGAGGUGGAACGAAUUAAUAUUUUACCCCGAGAUGUAGGAAGUACCCAAUCGUGUCAAGUGAAGUUACUCGGACCAGACGAUCGAAAUAUACGCCUGUCUGAGGAAUUAAGAUUUACCUUAUUUCGGCACUGGAACCUCUAUGAUUCCAUGUUUCAUAGUGGCUAUGUGGCUGGAAAACUCAAGUUAUGGCGAGAAAAAGGACGGAAGAACUUACAAGGGUUUUUUGCAAAGAUGGGGAUUUCACUACUCCAGUGCCAACAAAGUUAUACUCAUAUGGACAUGGAUUUGAAGCGUACUCUGACCGAAAAGGUCGAGUCGAUUGCCCCAGAGUAUGGGCUCUUUGAGCUUUCGUUCCCAUCUUUCGUACGUGCAUAUGGAUAUCAAUCGGUUCUUUCAGCCAGCGAUUGCAUCGAAUGUAUCAGUGCAAUUUUAGAGGUGGCCACCGGGGUCAAGCUCGACUUUCAAUCACUACACGGAGGCCAUGGGACAGUCUCGAUAGACGACCAGGGACAAACUGGAACGCUUUGGGACGGCGGCAAAGGCGUUCGUCGGUGGACUGAACUCAACGACAACUCUUCUAAGCCUCAAACGGCGAUGGAAAAGGAGAAUAGAGCAGCAGAUGGGAGUAGGCCACCGGGAGAAUCGUCAGAAGCCUCAAAGAAACAGAAAGAAGAAGUCUGGUGGGUGCAAAACUUUUGGAUUGCAUCGGAUGCACUGUCCACCGACCCAUCGAUUCUUCGAGCAGCCUUGCCUCUCAGCAUGGCCCUACACAAAUCGAUCAUCCGCCAAGGAACAUCGAUGCUAGAUAAACAAUCAAUCAAGACCCUACGCUCGUUCCGACUAGCAGUGAUCAAAGAGGGCCCUGAUUUACACGUCUUCAACCAUCCUGCAACUCUCACUCGACUCGGACUAUGGCUCGUCGAUGCCGUUAGAGACCUUAUCGGACCCGGCGGCCAGCAGAGUAAAAAUACUAAUGGCCAAUCAACCAAGAAGUCCCCACCUGUCAAAAGCUUUCCGUUCGUUAUUGCCAGCCUCGACGAUGCAAGAGACUGUUAUUUAGUUGUGGGUGUUAACGGAGCUAUCCAAUAUGGAGAUGUACGGAAGAAUAAAUUCGGCGCCGUAUUCCAAGAAGCGGCACAUAUCUCUGGAGCCAGAGCUCGCCACGAUCGGUUUGAAGAAUGUAUCAUCGAAGUUCGGAAAGACGACUUGAUGAACUUUGUGCAAAAGUUACAUCUAAGUCUCUGA